UUUUUGUAAAUAAAUCGAGUGCUUUGUUAUAUAACGGUAGCGAGCGAUUAACCGAGUAGGCAUGGCUGCGGCAGGCGUGUCGGGGCCAGCGGGCAUCGGCGAUGUGGAGGAAGACGCAUCGCAGCUGCUUUUCCCCAAAGAGUUUGAAAAUGCGGAGACGCUGCUGAACUCCGAAGUUCACAUGCUGCUGGAGCACCGCAAGCAGCAGAACGAGAGCGCCGAGGACGAGCAGGAGCUGUCCGAGGUCUUCAUGAAGACGCUGAACUACACCGCCCGUUUCAGCCGAUUCAAGAACAGGGAAACCAUCGCUAGUGUGCGCAGUUUGCUCCUGCAGAAGAAACUCCACAAGUUCGAGCUGGCCAGUCUGGCUAAUCUGUGUCCCGAGGCGGCAGAAGAGGCCAAAGCACUUAUCCCCAGCCUGGAGGGACGUUUUGAGGAUGAGGAGCUUCAGCAGAUUCUGGAUGACAUUCAGACCAAGAGAAGCUUCCAGUAUUGAGAUGACCGUGGAGCCAGUUCACACCUCCUCACUUGCCUCAUGGACACUGACCACCACGCUUGUCAUUCAUGCGCAGGUGAUUUUGGGAGACCAGAAUCUCCCACAGUGCAGAGGACUGCAUCCGAUCAUAUGUUCAAUGUAAAGUUAGCCAUUUCCUUUUGUAUAUGUUAGUUUACUAUCACAGUGUUUGGUUGUUGUACUGAUUGUGGGCUAUAAAGCCACCUGUGGACUCUGGACUGUUACUAAAACAUAUCAGUCAUGCAGAGAUUAAACAGUGUAGCUCA